GAAGACGUACUGCAUAGUUAUUGUACAGGUCUGCCGAGACCAGUUUAGUGGGAUUAUCCACAUGGAGGUCGGACAAGGAAGUGCUCCAGGCGUCAGGGGAACACUUUCUCGGCACAACACCAGUCGGACCUUUGAACACACCAGUAAGGAUGGCGCUCCGGGCAGCUGGUAGUCGUUUGCUGUAUUUCCAGAGGACUUGUUUUAAGGUCAGCCCCACUGAAACUCACCUCGCUGUCAGAUUCAAGGCAACCUGUCCUGUUGAAGUGAGCCAUCUGGAUCAUUUGGUGCUGACAGUAAAAAAUGUGCCAAACACAAUCAACUUUUAUACAUCAGUUCUCGGAAUGGAGGUUAUCACUUUUAAGGGUAGUCGUAAAGCUCUGAGCUUUGGGAAACAAAAGUUUAACCUUCACCAACUGGGCCAAGAGUUUGAGCCAAAAGCUAAGCAUCCAACUUCAGGCUCUGCAGACCUCUGUCUCGUCACCAAAACCCCUCUGAGUGUAGUAGCUGCCCAUCUGAAGGUUUGCGGUGUUGAGAUUGAAGAAGGACCCGUGCAGAGGAGUGGAGCUGUGGGACCCAUCACCUCACUUUACUUCAGAGAUCCAGACCACAAUCUCAUUGAGGUGUCAAACUACAGCCAGUCAGCACCAGACAGCUCCUCUUGAACCUUUGCUUUUUUUGAGCAUGCACCAUCAUCACACAGCUGGUGUUAUAAAUGUGAAAGGUCUAAACCAAAAUCACUGCUAUUAGAGAGGGUGGGACAACUGUUAUAGUUCCUCUUUUUAUUCUAAUUAUAUUAGUUGUUUUAGUAAAAAACAUUUAAAACAAAAUAAAAUAUUUUCACCUUUA